AUGCGUUUAGUUAGGGGUUUAAGUAGGCACUUGUUUUCCGUAUAUCCUCGAACAUCUUUUUCGUUGAGCAAAAACAGUUUAUUGAAAAGAUCUACUCUCUAUAAUCAGGCAAAAUUCUUAUCUCUCUCUUCAACAAGCUUAAUGGGUUCUGUUGAUCGUUCUCUCUAUGUUUUGCCUAAUGAGAGUCCCGUUUGCGCUCUUGAGUGCCAGGAAGCGUUUGACCGUUUAAAUCCUCAGGAAAAAAGAUAUGCUCAUCACAUUGCCAAAGCGUCAUUUGAUGGAGCUCUUAUAGUUUUUCUUCAAGUCUCUCCGGAAUCUGCUGGUAUUUUUGUUGUUUUGCACAGGCUAUUCAGUAGUGAGCCUGUGGACAAGCUGAAAGAAAAAGCUCAGAACUUGGGUUGGACUGAUGAAGAAUGGGAGGCUUUCUUGGUUUACGUAUCGGGAUUCUAUGCCAACAGUGGAAACUACAAAGGUUUCGGCGAUAGCAAAAUCGUCCCGGGGAUCGGCGCGGAUAAAAUUGAAAAAUUGAUAGCCGUCAGUAUUGCUCAAAAAAAUAACCCAACUCUUAUCCAAACUUGGCAGACUAUCCAAGAUAGUGUUGAUUCACUCAAGCCACAUCAACUGCAACUUGGAUUCGGAAAUGAUGGAGUCACAACUUACCACAGUGAAAGUGUUACUAAAGAAGAAGCUGAGCUCGUCGAUAGAUUUUUCAAAAAGAAACACAUUGAGUCCUGGAAUAGUAGAUUGUUCAAAGAAAAAGAAUUGGUUGACGGCAAGAAAGUGUUUCGUGUUCGUCUAGCUAGUGUAAAGAAAGAAAGUCUGUCCGAAGAAGAUUUCGAAGACGUGAUCAUUAAACUUGAAUCCGGAGACUACUCUCCCAUACUCUCUCGUGUUAAUGAAAGUCUCACUAAGGCAGCUGAUUCUGCUCUCAAUGAUCAUCAGAAGAAUAUGCUGUCAAAGUAUGUUGAACACUUUGAAAGUGGUGAUAUCAAUCUUCAUAAGGAAGGAUCACGUCAUUGGAUUCGUGAUGUUGGGCCAAACAUUGAAAGCUACAUAGGAUUUAUCGAAAAUUACCGGGAUCCUGCUGGAACCAGAAGUGAAUUUGAAGGAUUUGUGGCCUGUGUUAACAAAGAAACUUCAAAAAAGUUUGCACUGCUUGUCGAAAGAGCUGAGGAUAUUCUACCGCGUUUACCUUGGGGAGCUCCUUACGAGAAAGAUAAAUUCUUGAAGCCAGACUUCACCGCUCUCGAAGUUAUUGGAUUCGGUAGCAGUGGAAUACCGUCUGGAAUCAACAUUCCCAACUACGAUGAUAUUCGACAGAACGAGGGAUUUAAAAACGUUUCUUUGAGCAACGUAAUUUCUGCUACACCCAAGCAAAAAAUGAACUUCUUAGACGAAGAAGACGAAGAUCUUAUGUUUAAAUAUCACAAGGAUUCUUUUGAAGUUCAAGUUGGAUUGCACGAGCUUCUUGGGCAUGGAAGUGGAAAACUAUUCCAAGAAAAUGCUGAUGGAUCUUUCAAUUUUGAUAAAAAUACAAGAGACAUUAUCACUGGAGAAGCAGUAACUUCUUGGUACAAACCUGGUGAAACCUGGUCUUCUAAAUUUGGAGCACUGUCUGGAGCCUACGAAGAGUGUCGUGCUGAAGCUGUGGGUUAUGUUCUCUGCUGUGACGCCGACAUUCUCGAAAUUUUCGGAUACAACGGAGAACUCGGGCAAACAGUGAAGUAUGUUAACUGGCUCAAUGAAAUCAGAGCUGGACUAAUGGCUCUCGAGUUUUAUUCUCCCGAAAAGCAGAAAUGGGGACAAGCCCACUGUUAUGCACGUUAUGUGCUCACAAGAGUAUGCUUGGAAGCAGGGCAGGGUUUUGUGACUAUUGAGGAAUGUACUGGAGAAGACGGGCUUCCUGACCUCAAGUUCAAAUUAGAUAAAACUAAGAUUGACAGUGUGGGAAAACCGGCCGUGUCUGCUUUCUUAGCUAAGCUGCAGGCUUAUAAAUCCUCUGGAGAUUUCGAGAAUGGAUCGAAAAUGUUUGAGUCUUAUGGUACCGUAACAGAAGAAGCAUUACGUUGGAGAAGUGUUUGUGUCGCACGUCGUAAACCAAGGCGCAUUUUUGUUCAACCCAAUACUAUGAUCAACGAUCAAGGAGAUGUUGAGUUGGUUAACUAUCCCACAACUUUUGAAGGUGUCGUCCAAUCUUUCGUGGAUCGUCAUGAUGAUCAAAUAAUUACUGAUCUAGAAACCUGCUGGAGAGCAGAUCAGCAAUGGUUCCCAUCUGCUUUCACUCACUAG